AGUUGCCUUCACAAGUUUCCCUCUACAUCAGGAAAUCGGAAAAAAUGGGAUUUUUACAUCUCUCAAGCCAGCACUGAAAACGAAUGGGGAUUGAAUUGCUUUGCCUCUGUUUCCUAUUUCUGCAAAGAAAUAACAAUGUGCAAGGGACCUGUUCUCAGCAAAGUGCAGUGACUUGUGAAGAUUGUUUGCUUUUGGGACCACACUGUGCUUGGUGUUUUCAAGAGAAUUACACAGACUCAGCUGGAAUUCAUGGGAGGUGUGAUACCCCAGAAAACCUUUUGUCAAAAGGAUGCCAGUUGAAUUUGGUUGAAUUUCCCAUUUCAGAGGUAGAAAUUCACAGUAACAGGCCCCUAACUGUAGCAUCCCAGAAGAAUUCUGAUGUCACACAGAUUUCUCCUCAAAAAUUAACUCUCAGGCUGAGACCAGGACAUGAAGAAACAAUACAGAUCAAGGUGCGUCAAACUGAAGAUUAUCCAAUUGAUCUCUACUACCUCAUGGAUCUUUCAGCCUCUAUGGAUGAUGAUCUGAAUACAAUCAAAGAACUGGGUUCCACUCUUUCUAAAGAAAUGUCAAAACUGACGAGCAACUUCAGACUGGGGUUUGGAUCUUUUGUUGAAAAACCAGUUUCACCAUUUAUCAAAACUACAGCUGCAGAAAUAAACAACCCUUGCAGAAGUGUUCCGUACGAGUGCUUACCCACCUUUGGAUACAAACAUGUUUUAUCACUAACAAACGAUGCUGAAAAAUUCAAUGAAAUUGUGAAAGGACAGCGAAUCUCUGCUAACAUAGACACUCCAGAGGGAGGAUUCGAUGCAAUUAUGCAGGCAGCUGUUUGCAAGGAAAAAAUUGGAUGGAGGAACGAUUCUCUACAUUUGCUGGUGUUUGUGAGUGAUGCUGAUUCCCAUUUUGGGAUGGACAGUAAACUGGCAGGGAUUGUUAUUCCUAAUGACGGGAACUGUCAUUUGGACCACAAUAAUGAAUAUUCCAUGUCAACUGUUCAGGAGUAUCCCACAAUUGGACAAUUAAUUGACAAACUUGUGCAAAACAGUGUUCUAUUAAUUUUUGCUGUAACAAAUGAGCAAGUUCACAUAUAUGAGAACUAUGCAAAGCUUAUUCCUGGAGCUACAGUUGGACGAUUACAGAAGGAUUCUGGAAAUAUUCUCCAGCUGAUCAUUGCUGCUUAUCAGGAGCUGAGAUCCGAGGUGGAGCUGGAGAUCUUGGGAGAGACAGAUGGGCUCAAUCUCUCUUUCACAGCCAUCUGUAACGAGGGGACCUUUUCUCCACAUCAGAGGAAAUGCUCUCGUGUUAAAGUGGGGGACACAGUCUCUUUCAACAUGACUGUAAGACUCUCCUCUUGUGAAAAAGCCAGAAGGCAUAUUGUGAUAAAACCCGUGGGGCUCAGCGACACUCUGGAAAUGGAAAUUCACCCCCAGUGCAGCUGUAACUGUCAGGCAAAGGCCGAGCUGAACAGCCCAAAAUGCAACAAGGGGAAGGGAUCGCUGGAGUGCGGGGUGUGCGUCUGCAGCCCGGGCUACGCGGGGCCACGCUGCGAGUGUGACGAGAGCUCCCUCGGCACCAGCUCCUGCAAGGGCUCGGCGGAGCAGAGCUCCUGCAGCGGGAGAGGGGACUGCUACUGCGGGCAGUGCGUCUGCCACCCGUCCCUGUACGGGAAGGUGUAUGGGCCGCGCUGCGAGUGCGAUGACUUCUCAUGUGUGAGACACAGAGGGCUCCAGUGUGGAGGCAAUGGUGACUGUGACUGCGGGGAAUGCAUGUGCCACAGUGGAUGGACUGGGGAAUACUGUAAUUGCACAACUGACACCAGCGCCUGUAUUGCUGAGGAUGGGACACUGUGCAGUGGGAGAGGCGAAUGCAUCUGUGGGUCUUGUGCUUGCACCCAUCCAGGGGCUUCAGGCCAAAUGUGUGAAAAAUGCCCUCUCUGCAGUGACCCUUGCAGUUCCAGGCGGAGCUGUGUGGAAUGUCACUUGGCUUCUGAUGACAAGUCACUGGGAGAAUGCAGUGAAAAAUGCAAAUCAGUUGAUGCAACCAUCAGCACAGCAAAGGAUUAUUCAGAGGAAAAAUCCAUUCCCUGCUCUUUGCAGGGGGAAAAUGAAUGUAUAACCACAUUUCUACUGGCUGUGGAUGAACAGGGAAGGACAGUCAUUCAUAGCAUAGAACAGAAGGAUUGCCCACAGCUUCCAAAUAUCCCAAUGAUAAUGGUGGGUGUCACCCUUGCUAUCCUUCUCAUUGGCAUUGUUUUACUUUGUAUAUGGAAAUUAUUGGUGUCAGUUCAAGACCGAAAAGAGGUGGCCAAGUUUGAAGCAGAAAAAUCAAAAGUUAAAUGGCAGACGGAAACAAAUCCACUGUACAGAGGCUCAACAAGCACUUUUAAAAAUGUAACUUACAAGAACCAAGAAAAGCAAAAAGGGGCCAUGGCUGCAGAUUUCUCUUAGCACCUCUGACACAACAAGCUUGAUUUUACUGGCAGGAAAUCUAAAACCACUUGUUUCUUCUCAGCUGAUUAUGCAAUAUUUGUUUGCACGUUGCAGCGGUAUAAUUAUUCUGUUAGAGAAAAUAUAUUUUGUGUUGGGAGAACUAUAGGUAACAUAUUCGUGGUAAAGGUUAGUAGAAAUAUUUAAAAAACCAGCCUUUAAUAUUAAUAGCCCCUGUCUUAAAAAAAAUAGCAUCACAAGUAUUUUUCAUUUUCUCAUUAAUACUGAGGAUUAAAAAUUACCAUAUAUAAGUCUAUUUUUGUGAAAUUAGUUAUAUACAAUGAUCUGUGUACUACUUUGCUCACAGGUGCAAUCCCAUAUAUUUGUGUUUAGGAAUGUCUUUGUACCAGUCUAUCUGGUGGCUUGCUUUAAAUUUAGAAAGAGAAUUUUUUCAUCAAUGCUGCUUAAACUACUGGGGUUAGAGGUUCCUCACACCACCUGUGUGACUGAAUAGUUUUUAAUCAGAAACGAGUAGUGUAAUUGCCUAUCUUCUGUGUAUCUAAUGUAUAUGGAUACAUCCCCCCUCUAAUUCUUAUUUCUUGUCCUGUUUAACUCUUUCCUUGCCCUUGUUGCUGUUUGAUGUUCUUUAAGAACCCAGUCCCUGGGGUUAUCUCAGGGAAAGCUAAAUCAAGCCCUUAUUCACUUGCAGAGUUGUUUUUUGUUCCAGGCAUAGACUGCUUUUUUUUUUUUUUUCCUUUUCUUUUUCCUCUCCCUUCUUUCCUUUAAAUUCUAGUAGAAAGGAUCCAGAGCUAAAGAGAAAUAUUUUUAACUUAGAGACCCCGGUAGAGAAACUUUAAACCAGAUUACUACAACUCCAUUUCACCAUUUACAUACUAUUUAGGCACUCAAAAUAAACCUCACAUGCUGGACCAUUACAUGAACAGUUGCAGAAGCCCUUUGGAAGCAGGAAAAGUUCACACACAAAGGCUCAGUAUCACACACAAAGACAGUACUCUUUUGGUGAUAUAUCCAAAAUUGUGAGGUUCUUUCAAUACCCAGUAGCCAAGCCAUUUAUUCAUGUAUGAAAUAAUGUAUUCAUCUUUUUGGGGCUGUUGGGUGGCAUUUUUUUUUUUCAAACUAAGCGACAUAUAGGUCUAUGGAUUCCACUUCAUAUUGAUUUCCAUGAAAUUAAUGAGGAUUUUUAAACCUCAGUUUUAGCUAGUUACUAAUGACUUCCCACAAAUUCUUAAAAUGCAGUGUUGUUAUCAUGCAUAGCACUAGGGAAAAAAAGCCCCAAUAAAAUCAGCUAAGAUGCUGGCAUAAAUAAUUACUACAUUGAGCUAUUUUAAGCUAACAAUAACAUACUUCACUUUUUAAUAUCACUUUUCCUCUGCAAUUUUAGUACUCUGGAACAGAUGGUCAAAAUGUACAUAUGAAUAUACUUACAAAAAAGACUUAGAAAUCAAAGAUACAUUGACACAGCUACAGACAAACGAUGACAUACAUUCCCUAUGGUAAAUCACAUAUUUGGUCUAAAAAAACUUGAUGGAAAUUUUGUAAUAAAUAUUUACAAAGUCUGUGCAACUUCAGUCUCUAUAUCCUCUACAAUUCCUGGAUGUGAGACUGAUAUAUUAGCUAGCUCUGACCCAUGCCUGUUUUAGGGCUUGAUCCAAAGCCUACUGGAGUUAAUGGCUACUGAUGAGGAUCUAGUUUCAGUGAAACUAUUAGUUUUGGUUUACAAAGAUUGUUUUGUUUAAACAAACCGGCUAAUACUGUCUAUUAGUGGCUUAGAACCUAUAGCAUAUAUUUCUGUGCAAAGAUAAAUAAACAGUAUCAGAUGCCUUUGGAAAGAAGGUGAAGCUAUAACCACAUAUUAAAUACAGAAUUAUUGCAGUGUGAAGGAACUGAUGGCUGUCAGUAAACUGGAACAGAUUAAUUAUAGGUUCACAUCUGUACUCUUCAGUAUUCCUGCAUAUCUCAUAGUGGAAAAAGUGCACAAAGGCUUGCAUCUGUGACUCUUCCAACCACUAGACCCCCACAGAUGUCAGUGCAAGUUACACAUGGGACCAAAUCCGGUUUCCCUGACACAUGGAUAAAGACACAGGAGGCAAAGCUGGCCCCUGGAUUCUGUCUCAGAUUGCACUUGGGUCAGGAUUACCUAAGGAACUAGGGAAAUCUGGAUUUAGCCCAUGUAAAUUAUCUGUUACUCUCUUGUUUUUCAUGUAGAAGUCAUCAAAUGACAAACUUUCUCUGAAAGAAAUUAAAAUACUUUUAUUACUUUUAAAGUAAUAAAAAUCUAUACUGUUUAUUAAAUACCUUUUAAGGUCUGUUUCUGAGAAGGCUGAUUCUGCUACUCAGUAUUAGGGUUGAAAGCCCUUCUUCUGUAGGUCACCCAUUUCAACAUUGAAAUACAUUUUGAUAUUCAAAUGUUGCUAACAAAGUGGUGUUCACACUUCAUAUCAAAUACUUGGUGGUCUACAUUCCCUGUUCCUAGGGGAGACUUCAUUUCACAAAGCUGCUUGCUCUCUUCCCAUCACUUGCCUCUUCUGAUCAUCAGCAAAAAUCCAAUUGUAGACAAUGUAUGUAGACAACGUUUACAGUCCAAUCACUCCUCCUAGCAAUCUCUCUCCAAAUUAUCAAAGAUGUACAGAAAUCAGGCAGAAUGUUUUGCAAUUUCCCCACUGUCACUGACUGUACUAUAAAUGUUUUGUGCACCUUCAAAAUCACCAGGGUGGAAAUCACUCAAAGAAUUAAGAAUUCAAGCCAGGAGAGAAAACACAAGGGCUUGAUGAGGAAGGUGCCUGUUAUUGAGGGGUGUCAAAGAACUAGACUCGUUCAUACAAGCCAUCCUUUUAACAGCAUUAAUUUAGAUCAUAGAUUUUGACUAAACCCCCGGAUUUUCAGAACUUUUAAGACCUUACUUGGCAUUCACUUAGAAGGAAGAGUGGUGGUCAUCUUUUUUUAACUAUAUUAUUUUUAUCUUGUAGCAUUUGUACCAAAGUUCAUAUUUUUCUUUUUUUUUUUUUUUAUUUUUUCCUCCACCAAAUUAUGAGUGGGUUUGUGUGUGGUAAGUGGGAUUAAAAAGUGUUUCUGCUGUUUUCAUGAGCAUUGUUUUGACCUGAGGCUGGACCUUGAGAAUGGCCAAAACUUUUUUUUUUUUUUAAAUAGUAAUACUUCUAUUCACUGAAUAGAAUUUACUGAAUGAAUAAAAGAAUAAUCAUUAGCAAUUUUAUGGUAUUUGUGUUUCUUCUACACCCUGUAGAAUGGUAAUUUCAGUAAUGUAUGUUAAAUGGAUAAUUUUUAAUUUGAUUUAUAAAAGUUGCAUGUUAACCUGUAUUGUAUAUGUCCAGAUUGCAUUCAACUUCUUUUUGUAAAAUAACUAGUGGGUAAUGAGUCUGGGAUACAAGACUCAGAUGUCAAGUGCAAUACUCUCCAUGUCUUGUCUGCCUUUAUACAAAGGUUCAAGUUUGUUUUGCAGUGGGCAUAAGGGAGUUAUUGCCCCACAAAACUUAACACGCACAAUCUAAAAGAAAAAAAAAAAAAGACUAUUUUUAUUUUAGUCUGUUGAAGGAAACAGGUAAAUGCCUCAACUUGUUUCUGUUAAAAAGGAGUUAUUUAACCUUGAAUAAAGAUUGUA